UCCAAGCCCUAGAAAGUGAGAAGGCAUGAGCUUCGUGCGGCGUCGAGGAGUGGGGGCACCGCCACCGCCAUCGCCAUCGCCAUCGCCAUCGCCACCGCCAUCGCCAUCGUCGUCUUCCCCAUCGCCGUCGCCGCCGCCGCCAUCGCGCCCAGCAGUCACCAAGGCUGGGCCAAAUGCCACACUGCUGGUGUCCACAGGAGUGGCGGACCUGGACAAGCUUAUAGGUGGCGGCAUUGGCAUGGGCAAGUUGGUGGUGGUGAUGGAAGACACACACGCUCCUCACCACCUGGUGUUGUUGCGCUACUUCAUGGCCCAAGCCGUCAGCCACGGCCAGCCCCUCCUCUUGGCCACCGCUCUUGCGUCGCCCACGCAUUUCCUCUCCACUCUCCCGGCUCCCUCCGCCAGCGCGGGCCAGUUCCACAACGAGGCGGGGCUGAGGAUCGCUUGGCAGUACCACAAAUAUGAUCUGGGCCAAAGCCAGCAGGGGCAGGACGGCUAUGUGUCUAGUUUUGACAUGAGGAAGUCGUGCACGCCAGGUCGCGUGCAGUGCCAUAGCUUCUCAGGGGCCAAGGUGGACUCUUUCCUCAAGCAGUGCAGGGGGUUUGUGAGCAGCCUGGCAUCCAGUGGAGAGAUUGGUCGCAUCGCACUUCACUCCAUCUGCGCCCCUCAGUGCAUGGAAUUUUGCUCGGAGUGGGAGCUACUCUCCAGUCUGCUCUACCUCAAGGCCUUGCUCCUCAACGCCAAUGCAGUCGCCCUGGUGACGCUCCCAGCAUCGCUUCUCGCUGCCUCCUCGUCUAAGCGCUGGCAACACCUGGCUGACAUCCUUCUGUCCGUCAAAGCAUUGCCCGGUAAAACUCCCGCUCCAUACUUGGACAACCUUAUCACCCAUGUUGCACUGCAGAGGAGGAGCAAACGCUUGUGGAUCGCCAGGCGCUGGGCCUGCUGCACGUUCAUAAGCUGUGCACGUACAACACCCAGGUUCGUCCGCUUCGAGUUUGGCGUCGUCAAAACAGCAAUCAAAAUCGUUUCCAAAAUGAAUGACAGGUGCCUGCCAUCCCCGAAACUGCUGCCUAUGCCAUCAAGGUUGUCAAGAAACGAGAGCUUGUCUUGGAGCAGCUCGAACUGGCCCCUCUGGCUGGCGCCCAAGGUUCCUCCGCAAGUGCAAACUUUUGAGGGGUUAUGAGUCGUCAUGCGUCGAAGCUUGAGGUUUUAUAUCGGGAUCAAGUUGUAGGAUGCCGCCAAGCUGUAGAUAAGGAUUCUCCAGUAGCUUCUCAUCGUUAUUCUGAUCACAAAAGAAGCCAGUUUACAUAAUCUACAGAGAUUGCGACGGCA